CGUUUAUUGAAUACCUGAUUAUCAACAAUGGAUUCCCACAGACAAAACUUUCACGAAAAAAGUGAGGCUGCUAUCAACAAGCAAAUUAACAUUCAGCUUUAUGCUAGCUAUAUUUAUUUGAGAAUGGCUUAUCACUUUGAUCGUGGCAAUAUUGCACUUCCAGGUUUUUCGAAGUUUUUCAAAGGACUUUCUGAUGAGGAGCGUGCUCAUGCAGAGGAGCUAAUAAAAUAUCAAAACCUUCGCGGCGGGUUAGUUGUUAUAGAUGACAUAAAAGCUCCUAUGGACGAGUGGAUAACGCCGAACAACGCUUUAGAAGAAGCAUUUAAUUUGAAAAAAAAAGUUAACGACGCAAUAUUAAAUCUAGACGGAAUCGCUAAUAGCCAUCAAGAUCCUCAUUUACAUGAUUUUUUAACAAAACGAUUUUUACGAGAGCAAGUUGAAUCAAUUAAAAAAAUUUCUAAUUUAAUCACUAAUGCAAAGAGAUGUGGUGAAGGACUUGGUCUUUAUCAGUUUGAUAAGCUAACCAUGUAAUUGUUUA